AUGAAGCUAAAAAAAAGUUUGUUUAUGACCUUUGCAAUAAACACAGUUAUUCUGGGGUUAUUCAAAUUAGCGUACUCAACAGAUUAUGAAAAUUUAGUAAGAAGAAAGAUAAAUAAGACUGAGGAACCUGGCAUUUUAAGGGAGAAUGAUUUAUUAAGAAGAGGAGGUGAUGGAAAGAAGGUAAGGAAAGAUGUCGAAUUGGAAUUGGAACUGGAAGCCUUUAAGGUAGCAUCUGAACUUAGCACAUCAUUUGUUCGAAAAGUUCCAGAACAAUUCAAGGAGAUUUACAGGAAAUCAGAUGGAAGAGCAGAAAGCAUGUACAAGAAUUGUAUAUAUAGUUUUUUACUUUUAACUAAAAAAGGAACAGUUUCGCCAGUCCUAUAUGUGAGAACAUUAGUUUAUAGACUUGGAAAUAACUACUACUUUAAUUUAGGAGAGAUCAAUGACAAAAAUGAGAGAGAAAAUGCUGAGCUUAUUAGAUUAAAAGUAGGCCAAGCAUUACAUUUGUUUUGUAUGAAAGCAUCAAGUUUAUAUUAUUCUAAAGAUGAAACAAGACCUCUAAAUAGAAAGAUCAAAAAAGAAAUGGCCAAAUUAGAAGAGACAGAAUCUUUCGAAGAUAUAUCUAGUUAUAAUGAUGAUGAUAAUAAUGAGGAAAGAGCAGAAAUAAGAGAAAUAAUGUUUUAUUUAACAGAAUUACUAAAUAAUGAUGUCUUAAAUGUUGAGAUUGAUGAUAAUAUGUUUAAAAAGAAAAAAGGCAUAAAGAGUAUAUUUGAAAUUGGAACAGAAAGAAGAAUGGAUAGAGAAAGGAUUAAAGAGUAUGAAAAUAUGGUCAGACUGGUUAGAGUUCCUCUUCCAGAGUCGAGGCUAAGAGACAGAUAUGGUCAAAUACAUCAUCCUGAUGCUGAAAAUAAAUUAGGAGUAUCUGCAAGAGUUCAAAGAGAGAGUGAUAAAAUUAAGUCAAAAUUAGAUCAAAUUAGAAGAGAUGAGAAAAUAAUCAUGGGAGGACAUGAGAGGUUUGUUGAUUUUGAAAGAAGAAAGUUCUUAGAAGCAGCUUUAAAAAGAAAUCAAGUAUUAAGUUUUGAGAAGAACAGAAAAAUGAUAUCUGAAAGAGAAGAUAAGAAUGAUCAGAGCCGAGAGGCCAGAUUAAAGUGCGAAUGCGAUAAUGAGGAUGACUGCGAAUGCAGAAUUGUUGAUCUUUACGGAAAGGUUUUAGGAAAACCAGUUUCACUAAAACUUGAAGAGGAUUUAUUUAAUGAUCAUCAAAUAUUUAGAAAGAAAAAUAAGAACCGAAAGGCUGAAGUUAAAUACUUUAAAGGAUUAAUAUAUGAGAAUUAUAACUCAAAAGGAAAUCAAUAUGACUUAGAGAAUCAGAACAGCCAAGGUGAAUUUGGUAUUAGUAGGAGAAAAAAUUUAUAUGUUCCAAAUAGUUAUGUGGAGAUUCCUCUUACUGGUUUAUCAAAACUUCAAUUAUUAACUCUUGAACAACUUUCUGGAAUUGAUAUUAAUGCAAGAAGCUCAACAGAAUGUUUGCCUAGAAUUAAAGAAAUUAAUCAUGAAAAGAACAUAAAAGUAUCUGAAUCUGUUCCAAUUAAUGAGGAUAGUAAGAGUUCUACAUUAAAGAAAUCUAAAAGUAUUUUAUCUAAUAGAAAUAGAAACUAUGUUUAA